AUGUCAUUUACUUUAUAUACAGACAAGUCGCCCUCCGGCGAGGUGGUCACAGUAACUGCGAUGUGUCGCGUUGGCAAUAAGCUGUGGCUCGGUGACAGCGCCGGGCGUGUCUCAGUGUACCAUGCGUCGUCGUGCUCGUUGUCGUGGAGUGUAUGCGUGUGGGAGGUGGUGGGGGGAGCGCCGUCCGCGUGUACUGCCAUGUUGCCGCUGCAGCGGCUGCAGCGAGUAGCGCUAGCGCUGGAAUGUGGCAGGUUUUAUCUUUGUGCGUGUGCGGGUCACGUGUAUUCGUGGGCACCGGCGCAGGCGCACUUAUUGUAG